AUGGACAGUUCAUUUCGCCCACCCGCGGUUCGUACAACACUGGCUCAGGUAUGGGUCCGCUACACCAUCACAACAUCCACAAUAUCCGCAAGGGUAGUGGCUUUGGGCGGGCGAGCGGAGAGUGGCGCAGAUACGCGCGCGUUUUGUUGGGUCGAUUUGCCUCCGUGCUUUUGUUCCCGCCUCUUUUGCCCCGGUUUCCCCCUCCCACUUUUCCUCACCUCUGAAUCGAGCAUCAAAAGCGGGGCCCAGUUCCAUUACACCAGAAAAGAGGGGGCUCGUAAUAGUUUUAAUCAUGAUUCGUCGACGGGCAUGUCCGUGUCGGAUUGCAGGGAUACGAAGAAUAAGAAAGGAGCGUCGGGCCAACUUGAAGUGCAACAUCCCGACAGGAAAAAACGCGCGGAACGGAGGAACAAGCAGUUUGAAAAAGCGCUCGAGAAUGACAGUUUGUGGAAUUCCACGAGUGGAAGCUCGGAGAACACGUCGAGAACCACCAAAUCCAACCGAGAAUCCGAGCUGGAUAGCGCACGAGAGAAGCUUAGAAAAAUGCGUGGCAAACCAUCUCAAUUCCCGGACGGUCCGACGGCCUCUACUAGUUCCAACUCACCUUUCAUUGCAUUGAAGGUGGAUGACUACUCUUUAACUGAAGUUGCAUUCAAUGCGAGUUUGUCGGAUAUUCGGCGACGUGGAGUACAAAAAAUGGGAACAAAGCGCUUCAGUAACAAUCAACGGAAUCGCAGAAGCGUAGUGCUUGAGAAGAUGAUCGUUUCGGCGAACGAAGAUUCGCUUGUAGCAAAACCGGAUGCUAUAACCGACGAAACUCCUCGCUCCAUCCGACUUUCACAGACAAUUGCGAAUGCUGACCAUGAAACGAACGACGCUGAGGUCACACCACAAAAUCCCAUUUCUGAGCACUCGGCCGUUAGAAAUUUGCGAAAGUCAACGGGAAUAGUUCCAGAAAUUAUCGAGGACUUCGAUGAAGAACCGAUUCCCGUUCAACUAUCCCCUGAAACGAGACCGUCUCCUGGAAGAAGGAACGAUCGAAGUGGUCAGAAUCAGUUACUGGGAGUUGAAGAUGUUGUGCCCGAUUUAUCUCGCGAUAUUUCAAAUCUUCGAAGCGAAGUUCCAGUCAGAAGAGGGAGGUUUCAAGGGGCUGGAAAACCAUCCGAACAAGACCAACGAGGAGAACUUUCGGGGACUACGAAGCACACCGUAUCGGAGCAGAUUCCUGCGGCAGAAAAAGCUGGUAUGAAUCAAAAAAAUAACGCAGAAAGGAGGGGAAGAAAAAGAUUGAACGAAUCAAGUGAAAGUGAGGAGGACGAUGAAGGACUGCCUUCUGCUUUUAGACAUGCGUUCAACGACAGAGAAUCCCGUAAGAAUCCUACGGAGAACAUGGGAGAUGACAAAAUCACUUCGUCUAACAGACGUGAGGGUCCGGAGAAAUUACAGGAGGCCGUUUUCAAACGUCCUGCUCCGUGCACGAAGAUUCCUGUCAGCAAAACAAGAAAUAAGAAACUGCGAAAGGAAUCUCCUUGUGGAUCGGAUGUAGAAUUUUCUGAAGAAGAAGAAGAAAAAGAAGAAGAGGACAGGAAUGCCGGGAAAAGAAAACUGCGGACCAAGAAGCCCCAGGCGUCUUCAAAAAGAGCUCAAUUAACUACGAAAGGAAAAGAAACGCAAGACAGACAUUUUGAAGAGGCGGAAAACGAAGAUCCGCCGGUUGAAAGGGAAUUAGAGGCGGAAUCUCGAGUUUCCCGGGUCAAUCACUCCAAUGAAAAAAGAAAUGCUUCGAGUAAACCGAAAGCAAGUAAAGCACAAGUGAAGAAACCUGGGGCUAAUCGUCGUGGACGAAAUAUCGUUGACGAAGCAGAUGAUUUCGACGAACCAUUUCACGCGGACGACCAUGAUGGAACUCCGCCUCCAUAUCCUUUGCAGGAAAGCGCUAAGGUAGCCAAAAAAAUUGGGAAGAUAGUUGAAGAAUCUCGAAAAUCCAGUACGCCGUCGAAGAUUCCGGUUUUGGCUAAAAAGCACCCGGAGUCUGCUUCCAAACGCGUUUCAUUCGCGCCUGAACCGGAAUCAUCUUUGAGUCCAAUUAGGUCUGCUUCAAGAUCAGCGAGACGCAGCAACGACGACGAUGUGGAGGGUUUUUCUGACUCUGAAGAUUUGACUGCAAGUCGAGAUUAUACCUAUCGUCCGUCUGAAGGGCCCACAACUGACGAAACAGCAGGAACGACAACUGCCGAAAAUACAGAAGCUUUGGUACAUGAAAGAAAACGUUUGUCAAUUCGGAAUGUGAACUUGAAUCUCACCAAGAGGAUCGAAAACAUAAAAAAAUCUGUGCCCGAUGAAUGGAUUGGCACCAGAAUCCAUUUUCCUGAUCUGGAUCAUCCGGAACUGAGACGUUCGAAGAGAAUUCGUCUGCAUCCAUUGUCCGCAUUGGACCGAUGUUUCGAGCCAGUUGGAGACGGAAAUGGCUUCUUCGGCGGGGUUCGUCUGGUGGAGGAUGUAGUCGAAAAAGGUUACAGGCGCAAAACCGAAAAUGAAUCGAAGAAAACGAAGAAAAAGAAACCAAGGGCAGUUGAUAUGGACAGGAUAAAUGGUGUCAUUGAUGCACACUUGCCAUUUGAAGACGAAGUAGAAUGGCCAGUUGCUGAGAUUGGAACACCACAUCCAGAGGAGCAUGACAUAUCAGUUGAUGCUGGCGUUUUCCUCAUGAUGGCGGAAACAAAGCAUUCUAAGCGGCGGUUACGAGACGCCGCAGAUUCCUACUGCGUCUGUCCAACUGUAUGGAAGCGGAUACAUGGUCAUUUGAUGUACGCUGCAGGUGCAGUUUACGUUCGUCCCGGUGUGACGACGAAAGUUUUCAAUCCUGGCCAAAUGGAGAUUUUCGUUUUGACGAGGGGCGCGGGUGAACCGGUCGUUCACAUUCUAAAGGAUUCGGAAGAAAUCUUUUCCGGUCCGAUAAAAUGUGCAGAUGUCGUAUCUGUUCCCCCAGGAAGGAAGGGUGGCAUGAUGUCCAGGAGUGGUCGAAUGCCGGAAGCGGUUUGCGACUGUGGGAGGAAGGUGCUGUGCGAAACAUGUCACUACGAACAGCCGGGAUUCGGGACCAUGACCCGAGAAGAGGCAGAAAUUUUGGCAGAGAUUGAACGCAACAAGGUCAUGAGCGGCUACAUUCGUGCCACGCGUCGGAUUUUGAUGUUAUUCUCUGCGAUGGUCGUCGGCACCUUUUGGUUUGUUUCCGGAAAAUGUAGAGCAAAGGAGGACUGUUUGCCCGCGGCUCGUCUGUUAAUUUCCUACUUCCACCUUCCCGGAUUUCUUCAAACGUGCUUCAACAUUGCUCUUGCACUCGGCGUUGCCAUCUGGACGACGGGCCUUGUUGACGUUGGUGUCCAUGUGGCGGUGUUGGUGGCUAGAGGCGUUCAGUGGUCUGUUAAUGCGGUUCGUGGCGCCGGGGACGUCGAGGAAACUGUUGAGAUUAACGUUUAUGUGAACAACGAAGGCGCCGUUGUUCGAACAGACUCGGCAGAACAGCCGUAUCAAGUCACGUCCAACAUUACCUAUGAUGAGCCGGGAACGACGCAAGUGCGCUCCCGCGAAAGCUCUUCGAGUAAUCCUGAUGAGAACUUGGAGAAUCCUGCUGGGGAUAACGAGGACGAGGGUCUCGCUGACGGGUCCACGAACUGGCUCAUGUGUCCGAACUGGAUCUGCGGGGAACAACCGGUUGCGAAUGGCGAAGUCAUCAGAGAGGAGGAGCAAGUGGGCGAAAAGGAAGCGGAAGACGUUGAGGAAGCGGAAGUGUCCGUGACGAAGACGGAGCGGGAAGCGGAUACGAGUCAAGUUAGCCAAGACGCGGGAUACAGCUCUAAUUCGACGUCUGUCGCCCAGGACAAUGUUACUAGCGCAGCUAUUGUGGAAGCUGCUCGGUCAUCGACGCUAAAGUCAACCACGUCGCGACCCCCGACAAGUUCCACAACUGGCACCACUUCGACGCCUCGACGAACCCCGGUCAAGUCCAGAAGCAGCGUCGAGUUACUUGCGGAAACAUUGUCGUCGACAUUCAUGAGCUAUGUGCGGAAAUCGGGUCAAGCAGUCCACGACGCCCUUUUUUGGAAUGGGAAGUCAUCUCGUCGAAGCGAGGACGGUGAAGACGACGUCGUGAAUGAAGAAGACGAUGUUGAAGAGAUUGUAGAUGAGACCAAAAGUGGCGUCCGGCAAGUGGAGAAGGACUUGUCUGCUGCUUUAACUGCUGCUGGAAGCUCGAAAUCGGCCUCCAUUCAGACCAGUAGAGCAUCGGAAGUGAAGACGACAUCUUGGAGAGUAGAAUCAUCAGUUCAAGCGAUCAAGAGCGGAACGAUAUCCAGGGAAAGCCCAAUGAAUCGUCGCAUGGAGAACUCGAAAGUGCAGACACCGGCCCAAUUGGGCGUGGGUUGCGGGCAGACUGAUGUACCUUUGCAGCCGUCAGUUUCCGUGAAUAUCGCAGUGAUUGGGUCCUCUUUGCCCGAAGCAACAUGCAGCAGGCGUAGUUCCAGCAGAAACACUUCAGCACUCGAGAUUUCUCCGUGCAAAUUUGAUUCGGACAAUGGCAACCAUCACCAAACGGCAGAAACGCCCAAGAUAUUGAUUCCUCGGACGAAGAAGGCGAAACAGUCCUCGUCACCUGAUGAGGAGAAUCCAUUGCACAACAAGAAUAAAAGGUCUCAUUCUGGUGCCUGUCAAGCUGUGAAUCCUCGGUUUUUGCAAGAGGCCCUGCGGGCGCAAUUCCACCGCCUGGCUGAAACACCGUGUCCGUUGGUGACGUCUUACACACCUUCUCCUUCGCCGUCGAUCCGUGCGUCAUCUACCCGCGAUGACUCGAAGCUCAGCUGCACUAGCACUGAGGCUCAAACCAGUGGUUGACUACUUUUGGUUUCGUGUGUUUUUGUUUUUAUAUUUUUAUGCUUUUCUCUCUCUCGAAUGUCCGAUAUUCUUAAUUUCGCGCUGUUGCGUAGGUGUCACUUGAAUUUGGUCGAAUUAUAUUUUGGUAAGGAUUACGUUAUUUUAGACCCGA